AACCCAGAAAAUUAAAUUGACAGUAGUUAAUGACGAAAAUAGUAUAGUAGAUUUAUAAAUUUAUUAGAGGUGGGUCGGUCUCGUGUCCCAGGUCUCUACGAAUAUGGAAUCUGUACAGCCACAUCUCGAGACCCUUGUCUCUGUUAAAGUAAUCCAUGGCUCAAGUGGCUGUGGUGAUGGCUCUGAAGAUGGUGGAGAGCCUCCUCGGAGCUCCGGUGCGGUGGAGAAUGAGGAAGAGAUAGUGAAAGAUGAGGAGAGGAGAUCCAAUGCGUCGGUGUGUUCGGUGGAAGUAGAUCUGGAGCUUGGAUUGCCUGAGAAAGUUGUACAUUUGUCACAAUCUGAGAGAGAUUGCAGGAUUUGUCACAUGAGUUUGGAUGCAGCGAAUCUUGAAUCUGGUGUUCCCAUUGAGCUUGGCUGUUCUUGUAAAGCUGAUCUCGCUGCUGCUCAUAAACACUGUGCUGAGACUUGGUUCAAGAUCAAAGGAAACAAAAUCUGUGAAGUAUGUGGAUCCAUUGCGGGUAAUGUUGUUGGAAGUGUUGAGGUGGAGUCUGAGGAAAGCCGGAAUGAAGCAAAUGGUGUAGAGAAUCAAACUCUGAGAACAUCUGGUCCCCGAGUGGUGGAAGGUAGAAGCUUCUGGCAAGGUCACCGGUUCUUGAAUUUCCUUUUGGCUUGUAUGGUCUUUGCAUUUGUGAUUUCUUGGCUCUUCCACUUCAAUGUUCCCUCUACAUAGCAAAACAAGGAAGAAGAGAUUCAGAAGGUAGAGAAAUGGAAAUGGUUAAAGCCAUUAGAGAUCUCUCGGAAAGGUACUUCACUCUUGUACCAAUGUACCAAUUCCUUCUUUCACUAUUAAGUUUAAUGUAAGUUUAGAGAGGAAGACCAAGACCUAGAAGAGCGCAUAAUGCGAUUUGCGGUUUUAAUUUCUGUCGUGAAAAUGUAAAUGUGUU